CCUUGCUGGAAAGCACCCUAUCGCUAUUGCCUGGCAUUGUGUUUAGGCCUUAAUUCCUGAAAGCCAAGUGAACCAAGAAGAAGAAAGACAAGAUACGUUAGCGGUGUAAGAUGGCAAGUCAUUUGGCGGAUCGAAUUUUAGAAUAUCUGGAUACACAUGACGAAACGAAUUCGUUAUAUUUGGCAGAUAUACUUCAAGAGGAUCAUCAAAAGAUCGUAGGCGCGAUUAAAAGUCUCGAGACGGUCCAUGACUUGAUCACGAUAAAACCGAUUUCCCAAAAAAAAUGGGAAAUUACCGACGAAGGAAAAUACGUAAUAGAACAUGGCAGUCACGAAGCGACCGUUUACAAUGCUAUCCCUGAUGAAGGGAUACCUCAGGCCAAACUCAUCAAAUCUAGCCCUUAUGCUAAAGUAGGUUUUUCCAAGGCGAUGGUUGCAGGAUGGAUCAAGCUUGAUAAAAGUGGAAACAUUCCUACUGUACAAAAGAAAGCACCGUCCAUUAUAGAUAUCAUUCAGGUACAUUUGAAGAAUCUUACAAAUGUCCCGGAAAAUGUUAAAGCAGAAUAUAAGAAGAGAAAGUUAUUGCAAGAGGUGAUGAUAAAAAUUAUGCAUCUUGAAAAGGGACCAAAUUUUUCUACGAAAAUAGAAAAGCUAGAAGCAGACUUGACAUCAGAUUUAUUGGUAAAUGGUGCUUGGAAAGAUAAAAAAUUUAAACCAUACAAUUUUGACGCUCUAGGUACGUCACUUCAAAUAGGACAUUUACAUCCAUUGUUAAAAGUUCGUCAUGAAUUCAGGAAAAUCUUCUUAGAAAUGGGAUUUACUGAAAUGCCGUCAAAUAAUUACAUAGAAAGUUCUUUUUGGAAUUUUGACGCUCUUUUCCAGCCGCAGCAACAUCCUGCUCGUGAUGCUCACGAUACUUUUUUCAUCUCUGAACCUUGUCUUAGCACACAGUUCCCUAUGGAAUAUUUGGAAAGAGUGACGACUGUUCACAGUAAAGGAGCAUAUGGAUCUCAAGGUUAUAGAUAUGAUUGGAAGUUGGAACAGUCACAAAAAAAUUUGCUGCGUACUCAUACAACAUCCAAUAGUGCACGAAUGUUAUAUAAACUUAUGGAGAAAGGAGAUUUUAAACCGAUCAAGUACUUCAGUAUUGAUAGAGUAUUUCGCAAUGAAACUUUAGAUGCGACUCAUCUUGCCGAAUUUCAUCAAAUUGAAGGUGUCAUUGCCGAUUAUAACCUUACAUUGGGUAAUCUUAUUGGCACUUUAUAUGAAUUCUUUAGUAAACUUGGUAUUACUCAACUUCAAUUCAAACCUGCGUAUAAUCCAUACACUGAGCCGAGUAUGGAAAUAUUCUGUUUUCAUAAUGGAUUAGAGAAAUGGAUAGAGAUUGGUAAUAGCGGUAUGUUUAGACCUGAAAUGUUAUUGCCAAUGAAUCUACCUCCUGAUGUAAAUGUCAUUGCGUGGGGUUUAUCAUUAGAAAGGCCAACAAUGAUUAAAUAUGGUUUAAACAAUAUACGCGAUCUUGUUGGACCAAAAGUGGACAUGAAAAUGGUUCAUAACAAUCCAUUAUGUCGAUUAGAGAAAUAAAUAU